AUGAACCCUAAACCUUUCCUUUCUUUCCACGCGCGCACGGCAGCAACUUCUUCCUCCUCCCCGAUUUCGCCGGUAAGAGCUCUCCCUCAUUUUUCUUUUCCUCUCUCUGUGGCCACCAGCGCCCGGCUGGCCUUUGUGGCGGCCGGUGCUGGUCAUUACCUGCCACCAGUGGCCUGCUGGCCGCUGUGCCAGCUAGCAACAGCCUGCUGGCCUACUGGCCGCUGUACAAGCCGGCAGCGACCUCCUGGCCAUUGUACCGGCCGCCAGCGGCCUGCUGGAUGUUGUGCCGACCGCCAGCGAAAUGUAGCAUUUGCUGCUCUUCUCCGUGUGGUUGGAAAAAAUGAGUAUUUUUUGAGAGCUCCCCUAUUGAAGUAUCUACUCAUUCGACAUAAUUUAGAUGUCAUGCAUGUUAAGAAAAAUUUCUUCGAUAAUAUCUUUAACACUGUGAUGAAUGUGCCUGGAAAAACUAAAGACACUGCAAAAUCUCGUGAAGAAUUAAAAGAAUUAGUAAACAGACUAGAGUUGCAUCAAAAUGAAACAACUAAUAGAUUUCCAAAGGCUUGUUAUACAUUAGACAAAGACAAGAAGCAGACUUUAUGUAGUUGGUUGAAGGAAGUAAAAUUCCCAGAUGGGUAUGCCUCAAAUAUGUCUCAUUGUGUAGAUAUGAAUAGGUUAAAGAUAUUUGGGAUGAAGAGUCAUGACUGUCAUGUAUUCAUGCAAAGACUUAUUCCAGUAGCUUUCCAUGAUUUACUUCCGUAUAAUGUUUGGCAAGCUCUCACAGAAUUAAGUCUAUUUUUUAGAGAUUUGAUAGCGAGGUGUAUUACGAUGGAUGAUAUGCUUCGGCUAGAAAUAGACAUUCCUCUCAUAUUAUGUAAGUUAGAGCACAUAUUUCCACCCAGUUUUUUUGAUUCAAUGGAGCAUCUGUCGGUAUAUUUGCCAUUUGAGGCACAAAUAGAUGGUCCUAAUAAUGUUCAUAACAAAGCAAGAGUUGAGGGCUCAAUAUGUAAUGCUUAUCUGGUUGAAGAAGCAUCUUCUUUCUGCUCCUAUUAUUUUGCUGAUAAUGUCAAAACCAGACAUCGCAAGGUUCCAAGAAAUUAUUAUAAUGCUCAAGUUAAAGACCGUAGAAUUUCAAAUGUGAGAGAUGAUAGGAUCAUGAAUCUUGCAUCAGGACCCCUUCGUAAAAUAAAGGUCUACUCUGGAGUUGAAAUUAGUGAAGAUUUCAUGUUCGAAGCCAAAUCUAUGAGCAAAGCAAGGGAAGAAGAUCAAGAGAAGACUACUUUCACAUGCCCCUACGGCACUUUUGCUUAUCGUCGUAUGCCAUUUGGGCUUUGUAAUGCUCUAGCCACUUUCCAGAGAUGUAUGAUGGUAAUUUUUUCAAAUUUAAUAGAGAAAAUUAUGGAGGUAUUCAUGGAUGAUUUCUCAGUAUACGGGAAUGACUUUGACACUUGUUUAUCUAAUCUCUCUACAGUUCUUCAAAGUGAUCAUGCAGCUAUCCGAUAUUUACUAAGCAAUAAAGAUGCUAAACCACGACUUUCUUAUGGAGGGCAUUUGGGGAGCUCUAAGAUGAUAGCAAAAAUCCUUCAAGCAGGCUUUUAUUGGCCCACUUUAUUCAAAGAUGCCAAGAAAUUUGUACAAUCAUGUGAUCAAUGUCAGAGGACUGGAAAUAUUACUAGGAGGAAUGAAACGCCAUUGAAUUACAUACUUGAAGUAGAAUUAUUUGAUGUAUGGGGAAUAGACUUCAUGGGGUCAUUUCCCUUUUCAUAUGGGAAUAGAUUUAUCCUUGUAGUAGUGGAUUAUGUGUCCAAAUGGGUAGAAGCUAUAGCCUCUCCUACAAGUGAUGCGAGAAAAGUUAUCAAAUUGUUUAAAAGCAUAAUUUUUUCGAGGUUUGGCGUGCCUAAGGCAGUCAUUAGUGAUGGGGGAUCACACUUUAUAGAAAGACAGUUUGAGAAUUUACUCAGAAAAUAUGGAGUGAACCACAAAGUAGCAACGCCAUAUCAUCCACAAACUAAUAGGCAAGCUGAGAUCUCCAACCGUGAAAUUAAAGUCAUACUAGAGAAAACAGUAUCUACUUCACAACAGGAUUGGUCAUUGAAGCUAGAUGAUGCCUUAUGGAAUGACGAAGUGGAGAGACAUUCAAUUGAUACACAACUUGAAUCAAGAUCUCAAUUACUUGUCGAUGUUAAUGUUAUUUAUGAGGAGAUAGAUGAUGGAGAGAUGUCCAAUAGUGAAGAUGAAUUUGUACUACCAGAGUCUAGCGAUGAAGAAUUGGAAACUAUUAAUAUAUAUUCUUGUAUUGUGAUGUUAAUAUAUAUUAUUAUGGCUGAGCAGCAGACAGUAGCACCCCGUGGCUACAAGGUUAUUAGAGUUGUCGGAGAUACAUUUGUCCCUGAUGGUCAUCGGGUAGCCUCUUAUAUCACUAGUAAGUUUGAAGAGCGAGUAUGUACUUCUGGUACUACAUGGAGAAAAGAUAUACAUGGGAAGAUGGCCAUGAAGAACAGUUUAAAGUUACAUGAAAUAGUUAUUGUGCUAAACUUUACAGAGAUCUCAUGUAUUAUAUCAGGAAAAAGGGCACUAGGCCAACGUAUGUUUCAGAGACGACAUGGAGUGCAUGGACAACCACUUGAGCUACAGAAAGAUGCAAUCGAGCAGGAUCCGCCGUCAUCAUCCAGCGGUGUUAUUGCAAAGGAGAAGAGGAUGUCUUCCUCUAAUUCGUCCAUGAUCUCCGGGAUAAUGGCGAUCUUAGCCGCGAGCUUUCUGUUGUGCACCGUCACCGGUAUUUUCCGCAUCCUCUUCUCGUUUUUGUUGCCGGUCCUCCUGGUCGUCGUGGAAAGAAGUGGCGACUGCGAAACGGCAGCGGCGACCGUUGAAGCAGUUCUAGUGAUUCCGUUUGUUGUGUGCAUGUCGAUAGUAAUCGUCGCUGCUGCUGUUCUGCUGAACUCGAGAGAUUAUUACGAUUCUGGUUCGGAAACUGUCUCCCUCCUCGUCGCGCUUCCGGAAGACGAGGACACGAUAACUAUCGCCAUAGAAUGA